AUGAAAUCCGGCGGUGGUGGUCGUGGAUCUGGCGGUGGUGGUCGUAGAUCUGGCGGUGGUGGUCAUGGAUCUGGCGGCGUUGCGAGACGAAGUAGAGAUGUCGCUUCGUCGUCUCACUCCUCUAACCCUUCCUCUCACAACGAAAAUUCUUCACACUCCCAACAAUCUCAACCGUCGCUUCCAUCUCGGUAUACGCAAGCAUCAUUUCCCCAGUAUCCUCGAGAAGCUUCUCCUCAGCCACAACAACCAGGCUUUCAACAACAGCUCCACUCCCAGAUGCAGGAGCCACCACCACCGCAUGCUCAUGUUCCGGUGUAUCAACAUGUGGCUCCUCAGAAUCCGGGAUACAACCAGCCGCUUCACAACGGUGGAUAUCAACCACCGCUUCACCAUCCAGCUUAUCCACCGCCGCUUCAGGAUCUGGGGUUUCUGCCGCCGAAUCCUCAGAAUCCGGUGUAUCAACCGCCGGCUCCUCCGAAUCAAGGAUUCCAACCGCCGCCGCCUCCGAAUCAGGACGGUCAAGAGCAUCCACCACCGGCUCAGAAUCAAGACUUCCAACAGCAACUGGAUGAGUUGCUUGCACUUCCUGGUCGACACCAUCUCCCGAUAUUGAGUCCGCAUCCCAUCCCCGACACUCAAAGCAUAUGGUUUGGACGAGACAAAGGAAAGCUAUCUCGUGUUAUUUCUGGGAUUUUAAGGAGAAAGUUCGAUGGUCCAUACUUCAGCUGGAAGGUUACGCCAUUACACAUACGGGAGAGAUAUUUUAGAUCCUUUACGAGGAAAUACAAUUGGGAUGUUGCGAUUACUGAGCUUGUGAGAGAAGGAUUUGUGAAGAUAGCGAAAAACAGAAUGAAAGGAAUUGUAAGUCAAGCAAAGACGUAUGAUGAGCCACCGAUUUGGAUCAAUCCUACACUUUGGAAACAAAUGUGGGAGCAUUGGGACACACCCGAAGCUAAGGAGAAGAGCUCUAAUGCAUCCCAAGCCCGUAAUUCUGAUCGUGACGGUCUUGGAAUCCACAAACAUCUAUCCGGCCAGAAAUCUUACUUGCGAAUUCAAUAA